AUGGCAGUUCCCACAGUGUUCCCGGCUCUAGCUCGGGUGCUUGCUCUGUCAAGAUGCAGCCUAGCUUCUCCUUUGCUCAGCGCGACAUCAUUCCGACGCUUUUACCGAGGUGACAGUCCAACAGAUUCCCAAAAAGACCUGAUUGAGAUCCCUUUGCCUCCAUGGCAGGAACGAACUGAUGAGUCCAUAGAAACCAAAAGAGCCCGCCUGCUCUACGAGAGCAGAAAGAGAGGGAUGUUGGAGAACUGCAUCCUCCUUAGCCUCUUUGCUAAAGAACAUCUGCACCAAAUGACAGAGAAGCAGCUCAACCUCUAUGACCGCCUGAUUAAUGAACCCAGUAAUGACUGGGACAUAUACUACUGGGCCACAGAAGCAAAACCUGCCCCAGAAAUAUUUGAAAACGAAAUCCUGGCGCUGCUGAGGGACUUUGCUAAAAACAAAAACAAAGAGCAGAGAUUGCGCGCCCCGGACCUCGAGUACCUGUUUGAAAAGCCCCACUGA